AUGCACAGAAGUGAGCACAGCAGCAUGCAUGCAGCGAAGCAUCCCGGAUCGGCUCAAUCACAUGAGCGCACGUUGAACUCUUCAGCCUCUUCGAUCCAUGGGAGAAGCAAAGACGAGGCCGUGCUUCUUUGCCUUGUCCACGAAUUCCAUCGCCCAGCGACAAGAUCUCGCCACCCACAUCACGACCCUCUGUCUCUCCGAAGAGCAAAAGAACAAACGGACGAACGGAAAAAACAAAAAUCAAAUGGAAAUGGAAAAUUAGUUUACGACUCUCUCCGAUUCGUCACCACAAACGUCACUCCAUCCCAACCUCAUCCUUCUAUUUAUACGAAUAUCACCCCCAGAAAACAUGUAAGUCGUUAAACUCCCACAAUUUCACUGGUAUCUGUGCCCAAUACCAACCGUAUAAGCAGCACCCACAGAAAAAAAAAAAAAAGAUUUCCUAAACCAUGGGCUCACACGCGCCGUCGCCACCACCCGCUGCUGCUGCCGUGGCGCCGCCCCACUUCCUCCUCGUCACGUUCCCAGCGCAGGGCCACAUCAACCCGGCCCUCCAGUUCGCCAAGCGCCUCCUCCGUGGCGGUGCCGAGGUGACCUUCGCCACCAGCGUCUCUGCCUGCAGCCGCAUGUCCAAGGGCCAGACCCAUUUGGAGGGCCUCCACUUCGCCGCCUUCUCUGACGGCUAUGAUGAUGGGUUCAAGCAGGGCGAUGACAUGACGCACUUCGUUUCCGAGGUCAAGCGCCGAGGCUCCGAGAAGCUGAAGGACCUCAUUGCAUCAAGCGUGGGCGAGGGCCGCCCCUACACCUGCUUGGUGUACAGCUUGCUCAUCCCAUGGGCAGCGGAGGUGGCACGUGAUUUCCACGUGCCCUCGGCCCUCCUGUGGAUUCAACCCGCCACGGUCUUGGACAUGUACUAUUAUUACUUCCACGGUUAUGGCGAAUUCAUAAAAAAUAAGUGCCUUGACCCUUCAUGUUCGUUCGAGUUACCGGGCCUUCCCUACAAGCUCACUAGCCGCGACUUGCCUUCAUUUUUGGCGCCGAACAGCUCCGGCGUAUACGCUUUCGCGUUGCCGGCUUUCAAAAACCAGCUCGAUACCAUCAACCAAGAAAACAAUCCAAGGAUACUGGUGAAUACCUUCGACUCGCUAGAGCCAGAGGCCUUGAGAGCGAUCGACAGGUACAACAUGGUAGGGAUCGGGCCAUUGAUACCCUCGGCUUUCAUCGAUGGGAUAGACCCGUCUGACACGUCCUUUGGGGGCGACCUCUUCCACAAGUCCAAAGACUACACGGAGUGGCUGGACUCCAAGGCCCCGGCAUCGGUCAUCUAUGUGUCGUUCGGGAGCACCGCGGUGAUAUCAAAGAGGCAGGCGGAGGAGCUCGCCUGCGCAUUGCUUGACUGCGGGCGACCGUUCUUGUGGGUCAUAAGAGCAGACCAAAACGGAAAGGAAGAGAAGGAUGAGGAUAGAUUGAGCUGCCUGCAGGAGUUGGAAGAGAAAGGAAUGAUAGUGCCGUGGUGCUCGCAGCUCGAGGUGUUGUCGCACCCGUCGCUCGGGUGCUUCGUAACACACUGCGGGUGGAACUCGACCCUCGAGAGCCUUGCGCUUGGUGUCCCUGUGGUGGCGUUCCCACAGUGGACGGACCAGGGGACAAAUGCGAAGCUCGUCGAGGACGUGUGGCGGACCGGGGUCCGCGUAAGGCCAAACGAGGAAGGGUUGGUGGAGGCGGAGGAGGUAAGGAGGUGCUUGGAGACGGUGAUGGCCGAUGGGGAGAGGAGGGAGGAGGUGAGGAGGAAUGCGGUCAAGUGGAAGGAGUUGGCGAGGGAGGCUGCGGCAGAAGGCGGGUCGUCAGAUAGGAACUUGAAGAAUUUCAUUAAAGAGGUUGGUCAAGGUUGUCAAUGCUAAGAUUGUGGAAGUAGCUUGCUAUAGGCUAUAGCAUGUGUGGUCACUGUGGUGUUUUGGCUAAGAGCACAUAAGUUCUGUGUCGGUGCUUCUCUCUAUGUUUUUUUUCUGUUAUAAAUGCUUCUUUCCAUUAUUUUCUAGGGAGGUUUGAUGAUGAUGGUAGGUUUGCUGCAUGAAUUUACUACGGAAUAAGUGAAAAUUUGGUGAAAAGACGGUCAUAUCAUGGAUUUACUCCAAUACUCAAAUGCACCAUAUUCUUUA